CACAAUAUUCUCAACGGCCUAUUGAAUCUAUCAGUAUUAUUUUUGCUGUUGUUCAUUUUGAAGAGUUUAGGAGUACGAAAUUUAUAAGAAGUACUCAAGUUUAUCGAGCAUCAGUCCAGCAUAGCUUGAUAGAUAGCUCGAGCUGCGUUACACUCAAACAGCUCAUCCCACUUUCUGUGUAACAGGGUCUCACUCCCAUAUAUAAUAACACAGCCAUGGCCGACAUCACAUCCCGCCUGGCAGCGCUCAACCCCUUCAACUCAAACAACGCCGGCCUCGACGAUGACGACAAAGGCGAUGUCAUGGCGCCGGCCGCCGGCAGCUCGCGCAGAUCCGACACGGCCAAGGACCAGCUCAGAAUCAGCCGCGCGCUUCGGACGUUCCUCCACGACAACAGGAUCCUGUCCGAGCGCGACGCCGGCCUGGACGACCAGCAACUGACGCCCGCCCUGCGCGAGCUGCUGGCCCGCCGCAGCUUCGAGGCGCCGCCGCCGCUCGUCGACCCGACGCACCCUCUGCCCGAGUACUUUGUCAGCUCCAGCCACAACACGUAUCUGCUGGCCAACCAGCUGUACGGCAAGUCGUCGCCGUCGGCGUACGAGACGGCGCUGACGACGGGCUCGCGCUGCGUCGAGAUUGACGCCUGGGACAACUCGGACAACGAGGACGAGCCCAAGGUGACGCACGGCUUCACGCUGGUGUCGCACAUUUCGUUCCGCGCCGUGUGCGAGACGAUCCGCGACGUCUACGACCGCGAGCUGGCGGCGGGCACCUUCACCGCGGGCCAGGCUGGCGAUCCGGCAUCGCCCAUCCUCUUAUCGCUGGAAAACCACUGCGGGCCGCACGGCCAGCUGCGUCUCGUGCAGAUUAUGAAGGACGUCUUUGGUCACCGCCUCAUAAGCGAGCCGGUUCGCCGCAAAGGCACGCGCGAGCAGCAGGGGAGCGGUGAACAUGUCACUUUGGAGGAUCUCGGUCCCAAAAUUUCCGUCAUUGUCGAGUUCCAUCUGCCCGAUGAGGCCACCGACAGCGGUGGUGAUGAUGACGACGACGAGGAAGAGCAGCAGAGGGUGGCCCGCAAGGCGUACAACGAAAAGAAGAAGCAGUCGUCCUCCACCAUCAUCAUCCCCGAGCUGGCGGAGCUGGGCGUGUACGCGCAGUCGGUGAAACCCAAGGACAACUCCUGGUACGAUCCCGGACAGCUCAUCAACGGCCCGCAUCACCACCUCAUCAACGUGUCAGAGUCUGGCUUGUCCAAGCACCUGCCGGACCACGCCGUCCAGAUCUCGCGCCACAACGCGCGGCACCUGAUGCGCGUCUUCCCCAAGGGCACGCGCAUCUCGUCGACGAAUCUGCACCCCGAAAAGUACUGGGGCGUCGGCGCCCAGAUCUGCGCGCUCAACUGGCAGACGUACACCACCAGCGUCCAGCUCAACGACGCCCUGUUCAAUGGCACGCCCGGCUACGUGCUCAAGCCGGCGGCGCUACGAGCCGGCGGCAGCGGCGAUCUUCGCACGGGCCGGACCAGGAAGCUGCGCGUCCACGUCGCUGGCGCCACGGACGUGCCUCUCCACGAGGACAGAGAGCGCGAUUCGAUCAAGCCGUACUUGACGUGUUCGCUGUACAGCCCACUCAUGGGCGACAAGGAGCCCCCGAAACGAAAGACUGAGCCUUACAAACACCACACGCUGGGGUUCCUUCAUCAUGGAGAGAACCCACAUGCCACGAAUCCGAUUUGGGACGAGACCCUGGAGUGGGAGUAUGAAGACAAUGAGCUGGUGUUUCUGCGCAUGCUCAUCAAGAGCGAUGACAGCUUUGCGAGAAAUCCAAAGUUUGCCGUUGCGACGGUGCGGCUCUCGUAUGCUCCUGUGGGAUGGACUUUUAUCAGGAUGAACGAUCUCAAGGGUAAGGAGUCUGACUGCACGUUACUCGUCAAAUUCGAGUUUGAGGACUCGUAAAUGGUAGAUUAUGUUUUACUUGCCGGCCACAAGGUUGAGACGGUCUUUAUGUCUGAUGAAAAAAGAAACACUGCUUGAAUGUAUAAGUGCUGAAGCACAUAUAAGCGGUAGUAUAUAGUGAUAAUACCCAAGUAUUAACAUGUACCCUUUGUAUAAAAGGAUAGGAGUAGAUGAAUCAACGAAUCGUCUCGGUGGUGUUCUCAGCCGCUA